AUGAAAUCCAACAUUUUCAGUUGUCUCCCACAACGUGUUGUUACACUUCCUACAAGGACAACGGAUUCUAGUUGCACCGGGUUGUGUCUACGUGCAAACUCAAUCCUCGAUUCCAUCCAAGUAUUCGUAUGCGCAUCUAUUCAGGUUCUGUAUCCACCUCCUGCUCAUAAUCCUGGAACCACAAUCACAACAACUUCAUACGAAAUUAUAAUGUCACCUUAUGCCUCCAGUAAGGGGCCUAUCUCAUUCGGGAAUGCAUAG